UCCCCCACCAUCCCGGACGGCAUCUCGAGCUCUGCCGUCACAUUGCUGCUAGAACCGCUCGAAUCAAGAUGUCUGCUGUAAUCUCCAAUGGUCCUGCGGAUCGUGAGCGCGCAGAAGGGAGCGACACGACGGGGCAGCACAAGAGGAAACUCUCCGAGGCCAGCGACGAGGUCGAGAUAGUCCAAAAGGAAAAUAGGGAGAGCGUGCCAAAUAAGAGGACGAAAAGACCGUACGAGCGACAUGAGCGCUUCUGGCUGCAGGACGGAAACGUCGUAGUGCACCUCGAUGGUGUGGGGUUCAAGCUGCAUCGCAGUCGGCUGGCAUCCCAAUCCCCCUGGUUUAAGGCCUUGUUCGACAAACGCGCCGGUUGCGAUUCCCCUGCAGACGACACUAUGCCUCGCCUCCGUGAUAUUCCGGUAGAAGUGGAGGACGGCUGCGACGUGUAUGACCUGCGCGCGACGUACGUCUCCUCGGACGAUUUUGCAGCACUGCUAUCUGCGAUGGACGACGCUGUGUCUUUCCGCUACUCGGCGCCGAGUUUCCCUGUACAUGCUGCCAUCUUUGCUGCCGCCUCCUCCCUAAACUUCCCCGCAUAUCGCGCGUAUGCUCUGCAAGCUAUGGAAGAGGAGUUCUCACCCAGGCUGGAGACCGUGACCGCCGAGUGCAAGCCUCACGCGGCCUUGGCCGUCUCAGUUGGCCAUACUUGGUCCCUCCGGCAAUUAUACAAGCGCGCGUUCUACGAAAUGGCACGCAACCCUGAUGUGGUGUCGGAUGACUGCGGCUUUCUCGACGACUGCGGGGAGCUUGUUCUCUCGUGCAUGCUGACGCUGGAGGCCUUUAAUUUCCAGAAGAGAUUGUCAAAGGCGUGGACGGAGGUCCUGCUCCCAUCCGGCCCCAAGUUCUCGUGUAGGGACUGCUUCUCGGACGAUUUGACACAUUACUGGGCGCCGAUACAAGAGGGGAUCAUGAGCAAGUUCGCAUGGGAUCCGAUCUGUGGGUUGCAGGCGCUCGUGAAUGUAGACUGGGGGAAGCACGGCCAUUGCUCUAUGUGCAGAAAGCGGAGGCGGAUAGAGUUCGCGACCAAGCGCGUGAAGUUGUGGGAGGAUAUGGAUGAAUGGCUUGCAGUUGUGUAGACAGUCAUAGUAUCCUCGCAUUUGACGAACGUAAAGAUGUUUUUGCUACCCA